AUGGGUGCCUCACUGGACUGGAGCAGAGCCUGUUUUACCAUGGACCCGGGAUUCAACCGAGCAGUGACGGAGGCCUUUGUGCGCCUGUGUGACUCGGGGCUCAUCUACCGCUCCGAGGCGCUCAUCAACUGGAGCUGUGCGCUGCAGUCGGCCAUCUCUGACAUAGAGGUUGACUCUAAAGAGCUGUUUGGAAGGACCCUGCUGUCUGUGCCUGGUUAUAGCCGGCCAGUGGAGUUUGGGACAAUGGUCACCUUUGCUUAUCCAAUAGAAGGCCUUGAGGGGGAGAUUUCUGUGUCCACCACUCGUCCUGAGACAAUGUUUGGGGACGUGGCUAUAGCGGUCCAUCCUGAUGAUCCCAGAUACCAGGCGGUGCAUGGGAGGCAGUGCAGACACCCGUUCACAGGCUCUCUCCUGCCCAUUAUCACUGACCGUAUAGUGGACAUGCAGCUGGGCACAGGUGCUGUUAAAGUGACCCCUGCUCAUGACCAUUCAGACUUCCUUCUCUCACAGAGACACAAUCUGCCUCGUGUCACUGUCAUCGGGGAGGACGGCACAAUGACACCACCAAGUGGACACUGGCUACAGGGCGAAAGGCGGUUUGAGGCCAGACAGAUGGUGGUGGACGCUUUGGUGGAGAAGAAACUGUUCAGGGGGAAACGAGAGCAUAGUAUGGUUUUACCAAUAUGCAGUCGAUCAGGCGAUGUGAUUGAACCGCUCCUGAAACAGCAGUGGUUUGUGCGAUGUGAGGAGAUGGCGACUAAAGCUGUGCAGGCUGUGGAAGACGGACAACUGGAGAUUAUCCCACAAUUUUACACCAAAACGUUGAAGCACUGGCUCUCCAACAUCAGUGAUUGGUGUAUCUCCAGGCAGCUCUGGUGGGGCCAUCAGAUCCCAGCUUACAGAGUGGAACUCCACAAUUCCCCCGACAAACAAGAGCGCUGGGUUUGGGGCCGGAGUGAGGAGGAGGCCCGUCACAGAGCCGCAGCCCAGUAUGGAGUCGGAGCGGAGAAUAUCACUCUUACGCAAGUGGCCCUCGUGACUUUACCGGAUCUCACAUGA